AUGGACGAGAAACCCGCCCAGCCUACACCGGGCCCGGCCACACGGCCUCCUGUUCAGACUUCCCGGCGCAGCUGGUUCAUCUGGCUGUGUGCGUUCGUCGCAGGCGGCUGGUUGUUCUGGCCCCACUGCACGCAUCUCCGCCAGGCACUGCGAACGCCCAUCACCCUCGAGAGCCGGCACACCGCUCAUCGAACCCCUCCUGACAUCGACCUGAUCAUUGACCUCGGCAUAGAUGGCCACGACGACUUCCCCAUCUUGAUUCGGAUGCUGUAUCACAACCACAUCUAUGGCUCUAACUUCACCGAGUCGUUCAUUCAUGGCAAUCUGUCUGGACAUGUCGAUCUGCCACGGCUGAAGAAGGGCUAUGUCGGCGGUACCUUUUGGAGUGUCUUUGUGCCCUGUCCGUCGGAUGGGAUGGACUUUUCCGACGAGAAUUAUGCCCCAAGCGUGCGUCAAACGGUCGAGCAGGUAGACGUGAUGUCGCGCGUGCAAAAGGCCUACCCGGAGAUCUUCUCACGUCCGCCCAACGGCACGACCGCCUUGAAGGCGUUUCAGGAGGGCAAGAUCAUCUCUCCCAUGGGCAUCGAGGGCCUGCAGUCCAUUGGUAACUCUUUGGCUCAUCUUCGGAUGUUCUACGACAUGGGUGUCUCGUAUGCAACGCUCACCCACAAUUGCCACAACAAGUACGCGGAUGCCGCCCUUGUUGAGCUGCCCGAUGGGGGGAUGAAGAAAGCGGAUCCUCUCUGGCACGGAGUCAGUCCGGCUGGCCAGAAGGUGGUAUAUGAGAUGAACCGACUGGGCAUGAUUAUCGACCUGGCUCACGUGAGUCUGGAGACGAUGCGGGAUGUGCUGGGUGCCGGCAAGACCGAAUGGGCCGGCAGUCGGGCCCCGGUGAUCUUCAGUCACAGCUCUGCGCACGCGCUGUGCCCGCAUCCUCGAAAUGUCCCGGACGACGUGUUGGAGCUGGUGCGGCAGACCAACUCGAUCGUGAUGGUCAACUUCGCGCCUGAUUUCAUCUCCUGCACCGCUUCGGACAAUGAGAAUGGCCUGCCCGACACGGAUGUCAAGCACGCCACCCUAGAGCGGGUUGCAGACCACAUCGUCCACAUUGGCACCGUGGCCGGAUUUGACCAUGUCGGCCUGGGGAGUGAUUUUGACGGCAUUCCGACCGGCCCGCAAGGGCUGGAGGAUGUAUCCAAGUUCCCCAACCUGAUCGCGGAGCUCCUGCGGCGCGGGGUGAGCGAUGAGGACGCUGCGAAGGUCGCUGGCGGCAACCUUCUACGAGUGUGGCGCGCGGUGGAUCAGGUUGCACUGGAAAUGCAGUCUCGAGGGGAGUAUCCUGCGGAGGAUUAA